AUGGCCGGAACUACCAUCCACGGUGCUUCUCUAAGUACUACAUCUUCAGAUCGCCGCCACUCCUUUGACCAACAGCCUCUGAUCCCACCGGUGGCGCAGAAUUUCAACAACCAAGAUGUCUUUCAAGACAGAAAGGUAGCACCGUCGCCACGAGCCGUAUGUGCCGAACUCGCGCAUCAGCAUGCCUUUGAGGAUCUAGAGAAAAGCUUGCAACACUUGCCGGGAAAGAAGGAUCUAGCAGGAAGUGCGUGA